UUAAAGGGGAUCUCAUGUACUUUACUGAGUGAGAUUGUGAACAGUUCACUUGUGCAGUAGUCGUGGAGGGACAAGCAACAAACAAGUAUUGUCGGUAUGCCACCCAAGAAAAAGGGUUCGGCGGACCGUCAGGACUCAGGGGCUACUGAGGAGAAGGAAAAAAAUGCUCAGGUCCAGCUGGAUAAGGCCAAGUCUAAACCUGUUGCAUUUGCUGUACGCACAAACUACACCUACACCCCUGCCGACGAUGACAAUGUUCCUAUCCCAGGACAUGGAGUUGCUUUUGAGGCUAAAGACUUCCUUCAUGUCAAAGAGAAAUUCAACAACGACUGGUGGAUCGGGCGGCUGGUGAAAGAAGGUGGAGAAGUGGGAUUUAUCCCCAGCCCAGUAAAUCUGGAGACUAUUCUCAUUCGGAGAGAAGUGCAAGCCAGAAAGGCUGCCAAAGCUCUAGCCAAUAAAGCAGCAAGCUCUACCAAAGAUGAUAUGAACUCAAAGAAAGUCACUCCUCCUCCAACAGUUCAGCAAGUGAAGAAGAAAUCAGGGGAACAACUGGCAGCAUAUGACGUCGUGCCUUCCAUGCGUCCCGUCGUGCUGAUGGGGCCUUCACUCAAGGGUUACGAGGUUACAGACAUGAUGCAGAAGGCCCUCUUUGAUUUUUUAAAACACAGAUUUGAAGGCAGAAUAACCAUAACUCGAGUGAUGGCAGACAUUGCUCUUGCUAAGCGGUCAAUCUUAAACAACCCCAGCAAACAUGCUAUAAUGGAUCGCUCGAACACACGCUCUAGCCUUGAUGCCGCUGCUCAGAUCCAAGGGGAGAUUGAGAGGAUCUUUGAGCUUGCACGUAGCCUGCAACUAGUGGUUCUGGAUGCAGACACUAUAAACCACCCGCUCCAACUCAGCAAGACCUCCCUGGCCCCAAUUCUCGUCUAUGUCAAGAUCUCCUCUCCCAAGGUUCUCACCAGGUUGAUAAAGACCAGAGGGAAGUCCCAAACCAAACAUCUCAAUGUUCAGAUGGUUGCUGCAGAUAAACUUGCACAGUGUCCCAAUGAGAUUUUUGAUGUUAUCUUAGACGAGAACCAGCUGUCAGAUGCUUGUGAGCACAUAGCUGAGUACUUGGAGUCUUACUGGAGAGCCACUCAUCCCCCAGAGAAAGAGACAGCCAAGCCUUCACAGGAGCCUAUAGAGAGCACGGUACCCAGCAGCCCCACGCCUGCUAAGGAUGAAUCCAAAAGCAAGCGGACGAUGGCUACUAAGAGGAAAGGAUCUCUGGAGAACCAACUAGAACAUCCCCAAAAUGAGGAGCAGAAAGAGAAUGAAAAAGAAGUAGUGAGGGAAGAGGCAGCUGAGAGGGAGCGACUCCUGAAGAGUGAGCCGAAGAGAUCCCAACAUAUCCACCAUCACCAUCGUCACCACCACCAUCACCAUCACCAUCACCGCCGCACCAGUACAGAACACACCGAACAGCACAAUCACCACCCUGCCCACUUACAAAGCAUGGACAUCGAUAACAUAGCAAGUAAAAACUCAGAUCCUCAGAGCCAUCUUGCACUACUAGACAAAGAAGAAUUGGACCAAACUGAGGCAACACAGAUUACAAUCCAUAAAGACCAAAACCACCAACACCACCAACACCACCAUCACCAUCGCAAGAGCACAGACAUUCAAAAUGACUAUAGACAAGACUAUAAGCUGAAGCACAAUCAGCGCAACAGGCAGCAUAGUCAUCAGAGACAGCUACGCUCUCCUAAUGAACAGAUGCUGCACUCUUUUCAUGAACAGACACUGCCUUUACACCACUAUGAAUCAUCUAAACAUUACUACAGCCAUGAUCACUACCAGGGCCAAGAGCGAAACAGGGACAGGAACAAGGAGAGGGAUAACGACAUACAUGAUGAGGCUGGAAAGAGGAGGAGAGAUGUAUACAUUCAUCACUGAUGUGGAAUUGCAGUGUGCUGAUGCUGCUAUGUGAAACACAGAGUUAAUUCCAAUACUUGUACUGUACAAAGGUCUCAUCGAGAGCAUGCACAAUGUAAAAAUAUUUUAUCAUGACAUCUAUUUACUUUCACUGGUAGGCUAGAUCUUACCAGAAUGCUUUAAUGAGAAAUAUCGCUAAAAACAGUGCUUUGCAAGAAAAACCAAUCAGUAACAAAGCGUCUAUAUGGCAUUUUCACCGUAGCCAUUUUACAGACGUACACUGUUUCAACAACCAUGAAAUUUAAACAUUAGACAACCUUUUGCUUCCACACACUGCUUUAAGAAACUCCAGAAACCAUUAUAUUAUAUAUUUUGACAAAGCUUCUUUUACUGGAUUUGUAUUUAUUGUCCACAAUCUGGCAUCCCAGUGAUCUAAUCAUCAAAUGCUGUAAAUGUUGUUGGUGUAGUUUUGGAUUUUAUAAGAACCCAAUACAUGUAAAAUCCUGACAUGCUAGCUUGCUAGCAUGAAUCUAAAAAUGAAAAACAUUUGCACAUUAAAAAUGCCUCAGAGGAU